AUGACACUUCGCAAAUCUGGUAAAGGUAUUCCUUUAGAAGAAGAAGAUGCAUCGAGAUUAAAAUUCAACGAAGGACUCGAUUCAAUUUCUGAGACUCAAUUCGCUUUGAGCAUUUCUGAAACAAAUGCUCUACUUAAAAAUGUUAGGAAUAGAUCAAAUCCUCCAAAGUCAACCGUUUUUAGUAAAACUUUGGAGUAUGUAGAUCAAUUCACCAAAAUGCGAGACGAAGGACAAUUAAAUGAUGCUCGAAGGACAUUGAGUAAAUAUAAUCUUCAUCAAUUUGAAUUGCCAUUACUUUUAAAUUUGUUACCAGCAAACGCAGACGAGGCAAAGACCUUUAUACCGAG